AAGUUGAUGCUGGGACCCUCCUUCUUAGUACACACCGACUGAUUUGGAGAGAUCAGAAAAACCAUGAAUGCUGCAUGGCCAUUCCUCUUUCUCAAAUUGUGUUCAUCGAAGAACAGGCAGCGGGAAUUGGGAAAAGUGCCAAAAUAGUGGUUCAUCUUCACCCAGCGCCACCUAACAGAGAACCUGGCCCGUUCCAGAGCAGUAAGAAUUCCUACAUCAAACUCUCCUUCAAAGAACAUGGCCAGAUUGAGUUCUCCAGGCGCCUAUCGGAGGAAAUGACCCAGAGAAGAUGGGAGAAUAAGCCGGUGUCCCAGUCGGUACAAGCAAAUAAAGGAUCCCAGCCAGGAAGAAUAAGGGCUGUAGGAAUUGUAGGCAUUGAAAGGAAACUGGAAGAAAAAAGAAAAGAAACGGACAAGAACAUUUCUGAGGCCUUUGAAGACCUCAGCAAGCUCAUGAUCAAGGCUAAGGAAAUGGUGGAGUUAUCAAAAUCAAUCGCUAAUAAAAUUAAAGACAAACAGGGGGACAUCACAGAAGAUGAGACCAUCCAGUUCAAAUCCUACCUGCUGAGCAUGGGAAUCGCUAACCCAGUGACCAGAGAAACCUACGGCUCAGGCACGCAGUACCACAUGCAGCUGGCCAAACAGCUGGUUGGAAUAUUGCAGGUGCCUUUAGAGGAACACGGGGGCAUUAUGUCACUGACAGAGGUCUACUGCCUAGUAAACCGUGCUCGAGGGAUGGAGUUGCUCUCACCUGAAGAUUUAGUGAAUGCCUGCAAGAUGCUGGAUGCCCUGAAACUACCUCUCAGGCUCCGAGUCUUUGAUAGUGGAGUCAUGGUGAUUGAGCUUCAGUCGCACAAGGAAGAGGAAAUGGUGGCCUCAGCCCUGGAGACGGUUACAGAAAAGGGAUCCUUAACAUCGGAAGAGUUUGCCAAGCUUGUGGGGAUGUCUGUCCUUCUUGCCAAAGAAAGAUUGCUUCUUGCUGAGAAGAUGGGCCACCUUUGCCGAGACGACUCCGUGGAAGGGUUGCGGUUUUAUCCCAAUUUGUUUAUGACCCAGGGCUGAGGGUUGUUCGGAUUUGGAAUCACUCUCAUCCAUAGAUUUACGCCAUGGAGAGGCUGUGCACAGAAUUGAACGAAGAGCCAAACUUUGAGAAACAGAGAAUCCACGGGGCUUUUGCCUUGUUUUAUUAAACUCCCUUAAUUCCUUUCUAAAUGUUAUGGACUAGGACUCUUCUAAGGAUAACUUAUAGGAAAACACAGAUACAUGAGUGCCAGGGUGGAUUUGAACCCAUGCUGUGGAGGACUGAUGUUGAACUUGCAAUCUGGUGGAUUGUAACUGGAUCCUCAAAUCUAACCCUUUUCAAAGGUGGGAAUUUAGUUCAGGGGCAGGAAAAAGGAACGCUGAUCCUUGAGCAGGUUGGACCAUCGCUUUGGGGUGACUAGAAUUCCCUGCCUGGUACCUGAGGUCUUCCUCUGGGUCUCAUGUCCCCGUUUCCGGGGUCCUCACGGAGCAAGUCCCACCUCAAGCGGAGUUAAGAACUUGGACCGGCACAGCUGGCUGCAUCACGUGGAGUUGGACUUCUCCCUUCAGCAGACCAAAUAAAGCACCAUUUCGGAGGA